AUGUUGGCCGGAGAUAUCACCCCACAUCAGCUGAUCAACUUCAGCAUCCUCGAGCGAGUUGGUUCAGUCUUGUCCUUGGCAGGAUGUUCCUUCAUUGCCAUUACCUUCCUCUUUUCCAAGGCCUUCCACAAGCCAAUCAACCGUCUCGUCUUCUACGCUUCCAUGGGCAAUGUAUUCACAAACAUUGCAACCAUCAUGGCCAGAGCAGCAGUCGAAACAAAGCAUUACAACGGGCCCUUCUGCCAGUUCCAAGCCUUCUUGAUUCAGAUGUUCAUGCCAGCUGAUGCUUACUGGACCUUUGCUAUGGCUUUGAACGUUUUCCUGACCUUCUACUAUAAAUUUGGGGCAGAUCAACUUCGGCGUCUGGAAAAGUACUAUUUCCUGUGCUGCUACGGCUUGCCCUUCAUCCCUGCUCUUACCUACCUUUUCAUAACUACGGAGGAAAAGGGGCAUAUGUAUGGAAACGCCACUCUUUGGUGCUGGGUCUCUAGCGAAUGGGAUAUCUUCCGAAUUGCCACUUUCUAUGGUCCUGUCUGGGUCGUCAUCCUUGGUACAAUCACCAUCUAUGCUCGAGCAGGAAAGGAUAUCUUCAAGAAGAGGCAACAGCUCCGCAAUUUCAGCCAACCACCGCCCGACCCAAUGCCAGUCAUACGCGACCCCUUCAGCUCUGUUAAGACCACCGAAAUUUUCGUGACCUCGGAAUCCGCCGUCAGCUCUUCCGAUGAAAUCGAUCUCAGGCGCCUCAACGACCCAAAGGAGCCAGAUGCAACUGCAAAUCCUUAUGGGAACAUUUGCAACAUCACCACCUCUCCAGGGAAUCCGGGAAGUCAUGGUAAACCUGGGAAUCUUCAAACUCGCUGGUCUUACACCGAGAAGCCACUUCCCGCCCCGGAUCGCAAAGGCUCUAUUCCCGCCUCCGCUUACCAGCCUAAUGCUCCCAAUUCCAACCUUUAUCCAACCCGCCGUUACGCUGCUAUGGAAGCGAACACCGCGAUCUGGUCUUACACGAAGGUUGCUGUUCUCUUUUUCUUUGCCAUGAUGAUCACCUGGAUUCCCUCUUCUGCCAACCGAGUUUACUCUGUUGUUCACCCUGGUCAAGUCUCUCUUCCUCUGGAGUAUGCGUCUUCAUUCGUACUCCCCCUCCAGGGCUUCUGGAACGCACUCAUCUAUGCAAUUACCAGCUUGCCUGCCUGCAAACAAGUCUGGACCAAUCUCAAGGAUCGCAAGCGCUUUAGCGGUGGUGGCCUCCGCACUGUCAUGGCAGCCUUCUCAGCAGAGGGUGAUCGCGAGUACGCUGGAAACAGAGCCCCAGGUGGACGCAAAGGUUUCUGCCAAGACACCGAGUCAAUGACCGAGCUUCAGCAGAGUCGCCCAUCAACCGCCCGUCCUGCGAGCAGGGACGGCCGCUCAUAA